GCUUUUUAGUUCCUCGAUAAUAUAUAGAGUACCUUUAUGAUUACUUCUGUAAACCUAAAUAUUCGCACCUUCUAGUUCCUUCACUACCCUUUAAAGUUUAAUCUUCCCCCACAUAUAAACCAAACCUCUAUCCUCACUUUCUCAAAACACAGAUUCUCUUUGUCGAUCUUAUCUGAUAUACUUUCUACAUAAAAAAUUUGAAGAAAAUAAUGCAAGCUUAUGGUAGAAUGAAGAGAGUCACUGACCCAUUUGACGACAAAAUGAAAGCUCGUAUCAUUGGACGUGACCCGCAAGAAAACUGUUACCUCAGUAGCGGAAGCGAACAUAGUGCCCACGCCGUUGAUGAUGAUGAUGAUGAUGAUGCUUCCUGUAGCUUUUCUAAUCUCAUUUUUGGUUUUCCUGAUGACGUGGAGGAGAAUGCGUCAUCGGAGAGCGAUUCAGACUCCGACAAUGAAGAUGUGUCAUCGUGUAAAGAAAUGAAUCUUGAGCAUAAAUCAAUUCCUAAAACUAGCUCAAGAGGUCAAGAUUGUUCAAGUCGUAUUAAAGAGACCACCCAUCCCUUAAAUAAACGAUGUGAGACUCUUAACCCAAUGUACGAUUCGACUCAUGACGUGAUUGAAGAUGUGCCAAAACCGAUCUUCUAUAGCGACAUGGAUUUAUUCCGGAAUUCGGUAUCGACUAAGGUUAACGAUGCAUUGAAAUUGUUUUCCUUUCUAAAGUCGAAUAAACCGAUCCUACGGCGAAAUGUAAUGACAUAUCUUAGGGGUUUUGGUUAUAAUGCUGCUAUAUGCAAGACAAAAUGGGAGAGCUCUGGUGGACUUAAGGCAGGAAAUUACGAGUUCAUUGAUGUAAUCCAAUCGGAUAAUAAUACUCGUUACGUCAUUGACCUUGAUUUUGCAGCCGAGUUCGAGAUAGCAAGGCCUACCAAUCAUUACGAGCAGUUGUUGAAGUCAUUGCCGAAUUUUUUUGUAGGUAAAAGCGAAGAGUUAAAGUGUAUAUUGAAGGUAAUGAGUGACGGUGCUAGGCUAUCCUUGAGAAGCAAAGAGUUACUUAUUUCUCCUUGGAGAAAAAAUCGGUUCAUGCAAAACAAGUGGUUAGGUGCUUACAAACGGACAAUUAACAUUUUGCCGUCUGUUAAUGACUCAUCGGCUUUGUUGUUGCCGUUGAAGCAGACUAACGUCGUUAAGUGCCGCUCCGUUGGGUUUAAUGCUGCUGUUAACGGCCGUUUAGUGUUUCCUGCGGCACCUCGUACUAGGUGAUAGUGACGUGGAAAUUAGUCAAAUUCACUUAUCAAUAGUUUGAGUUCAAAUAUUAAUCUUUUCGUUCCAAUGUUUUUGGACUCCGUACACCAAAAUUGAAAUCGAGGAAGCAGAUUUUAUUAAUAGGAAAAUUUACUUGCUAUAACUAACUCUAAGACUUAUUUAUGAAUAAUAAUUACCUUAUUUUUUAUUUAAUUUUUGUAGCUUUAUUUUUUCAAAAUUACAUUUCAUAACUGGUCCAAUAACUUUUGAAAUACAUGUACCUCUCUAUUCUCCCUCACUACACAUUUAAGAUUUAUUAUUUUCUCCAAACCCUAAAAAAAUUUAUCUCUCCUCUCUCCCUUCCCCUCACUGCCGCCUCUCUCCCUCCCUUUCUCUAUCUCCGGCCUCUCUUCUCCUUCAGCCAAACUUCGUGAGGCAACUGAGCGUUAAAGCUUGUAGAAACUGUAGCAACAUCGUUGUUGUACAAGUUGUUGUUGCUUCCUAGUCGAAUAACAACCAUGACUUUACUCCGCGCGGCUGCUAAAGUUGUCGAUGCCGCUGCCAUUGCUCAUGUUGUUGAUGAUGAUGAGGUGGCAGCGACGGUGGUGGACCGACGCCAAAUCUGAGAAUACACUCAGAUCUGAUAAAGAGGGAGCAGUGGGUUUCAUCGGAGCCACCACCACCACCACUAUUACUACCAUCUUCAUCUCCAAACUCAAAAAAAAACUUAAGGUUCUAGUUCUUCAGAUCUGAACUCCAUAUGCUUCAUGUAUUAAUGGUUUUUGGUGGUGGUUCGGUAUGGUUUUUGGAGUAGAGGAGGACAGUGGUGGAUCGAAGAAAGGCGGUAGAGGAAGGAGGAGGGUUUUUCCAGUUGUUGUGGUGGUUCGGUAGGGUUUGUGGUUGUGAUGUUUCAGUAUAUUUUUGUAUAUUUCAGUAUAUUUCGCUGUAUUUCAAUGUACUGUUUUAGUAUAUUUCUGUGUAUUUCAGUGUACUGUUUCAGUAUAUUUCGCUAUAUUUCAAUGUAUUUUUAAUUUACGAAACAGUUUCUAAUACAUUUCAUUGUAUUCCAUUGUA